AUGUCAGACUUCAAUUUAGCAGACCAAAUCAGCAGGUUGCAGAACAGUGAUAAAAGAUCGUUUCCUGCGGUAGAGAGGCCAUCCGAUGAGUUGAAUUCUGUGAUCGAUCGCUUGGCAGUAUCACCAGAACAAAUCGACGCGGACGGAGAAACACUCGAGUCAUUGAUAGACCUUUGCCAUGGUUUUCCACACUUACCGGUCAAACUGCAAUCGCAGUUAUGCUAUUUGGUUGCCUCCUCUGUUGGAAACUUGGCGCAUGAUAUCGGUGCGAAUUUGAACGGGGCCAAUCAGAACGGUGGCGAUACGAUGGACCUGCUCCCGCAAUAUCGAAGACAUUUAGAGGAAUAUGGUUACCUUAUCCAUGUGCUACUGAGCUUUCUGCAAGAAGACGUCCAUAUUGCAGCAUCGCAGGCCACGACUUUGGGACGUGGUGGGGCGAAGAAAGUGAAAACUACUGGACCAGCGGCCGAGCUUUUCAAGAGGAGCUGUAAUCAAAUUGAAUCAAUGUUCGAGGCGGUACUGAAAGUGCUGGAAAUUAAUCUGUCAAAGCUUUUUCAGACAACGCCUGAGAAAGAUCUAUACGUAAAGCUUUUCACGAAACCUCUUUUCUCUCUGCUUGAAGUUGAAGCCGCUGUCAAGGUCAACUCUCUGCGGCUUUUCACUCAGAAAGUGCUAGCAAUCUGUGUGAAGUAUCAAAAUCAAAGCUCAAGCGUACAGAACGCCAUCAUGACCAAUUUAACAUAUUUUCUACACCUUUCCAAUUUCAAUGCAGAAUUGCUGAAGCUAUUAAACGAUGAGUACGACUAUCCGCAGCUGACAGAGGAGAUACUCAGAGAAAUCAGUUCUAGAGUUUUCAAUGCAAAAGAUACCACUGGUCCAAAAGCGAUAUCGAAUUUUUUGAUCAAACUAUCAGAAGUGUCACCUCAAGUCAUGCUCCGACAAAUGUCAUUAGUCGUCAGACUUUUGAACAAUAGCUCCAUCACUUUGAGGUGCUCGGUAGUGGAGACAUGCGGUAAUAUCGUGAGGAGAUUGGCCCAAGAUGAGCAGAUGUUGGAUCACUACAAGCAACAGAUUGCAGUCCUUAUCGAACUGCUAGAAGAGAGAUUCCAGGAUUCAAAUCCGUACGUCAGGACCAAAGCAAUCCAGGGCUGUCUGAAGAUUUGCGAGUUGGAAUCUAAGUUCAGCAAGAACAAGCCGGAGUUUGCCAGGCUUGCUACUAGAUCCCUACAGGAUAAAUCUUCUUUAGUAAGAAGAAAUGCAGUAAAGUUGUUAUCAAAAGUGCUGCUUAACCAUCCGUUUAAGGCCAUUCAUGGUUCGAACCUCGAACUCCGACAAUGGGAAAAGCACUUGGAAACUUCUACUGCCAAAUUGAAUGAGUUAAAAGAGAAGCACGAGUCCCCAAGUGAUCUCGAAAACAUCAUCGAUAACUCGCUCAGAGAAGAGGCCUGCGAGGCUGAAGAAGUUCAAGGAUAUCUGGAUGAAAAUAAUCAAAUUACGCGAUUAGAAAGAGAGAGUGAGGCUGUAAACACCAUAAGUACCGAAGCGAUACUGAAACUUAAGCUUAUGGUUGUGUAUUACACUGAUGCUGUGAAAUUCAUCAGGACUAUUCACGGCAGUCUCAGGUUAGCAGCUGGCCUAUUAUUUUCACGAAAUCGGAACGAAGUUUUGGAGACAAUGGAUUAUCUGGUUUUGGCUGAUGCAUUCGGCCUCGAACCUAGCCAGAUCGGCAUCAAGAAAAUGCUGCACCUAGUUUGGAUGAAGGGCACCAAUGACGAGGGAACAAGUAUAUCGGCGCACUUGAUAAGUUGCUAUACCCAGCUAUUUUUGACCGCUCCGGAGUCGUUCAACUUUAGGGAAAAAGCGGGCUACAUAGCUCAAAAUCUGAUACAGUUAACUUGUGGCGCGUCAAUUGCAGAUCUAGCCUCGCUAGAGCAGCUAUUAUGCAUGAUGUACAGGGAGAAACUGAUUGAUGAGAAUGUUAUUAAUGUGUUGUGGGCGAUAUAUAAUUCGGUUUCAAGAGACGAAGAAAUGUGUGAACACUUUGAAAAGCAACAGGUUCACGGAUCAAUUAUAAUUUUGGGAAUGCUGUCGCUUGCAAACCAUGAAGUAACACUUCGAGGUCUUGAUGCUCUUCUGAACGUUGGGCUUGGAAUACCGGGGGACGAGGAUAUGCUACUCUGCCAAUAUUCUUGCCUAGCUUUGGAAAGGAUGGUUCCUCGAGAUCACAGCAGGUUCUCAUCCAUAAUCAGCGAAUCUCGAGAAGAAGAAGUUAUUAGAAAGCUCUAUUCCAAAAUUAUUGGUGUGACCAAUGAUCUAGGGUGGUAUCCGGUAUGCGAACAAGCGUUGAAUGCCCUCUUCACUAUCUCUUCGAAGGCUGACCUUGUGGCUACUGAGUUAGUCAGGGAAAAAACGAUGAUGACGUUCGGUAAGUCCGAAGAUGAGGAUUCGGAAUUUCUGCAGCACACAUCUAGGGUCACUUCCUUAAGCCAAUUAUUAUUCAUUGUGGGCCAAAUUGCCAUCAAAGCACUCGUUUAUCUCGAGAAAUGUGAGGCUGAAUUCAAAAGGGCAAGGAGCGAAGUUGAGUAUCGGAAAGUCAAAGAGAAGAAGAAGCAAGCGGGAGAAGGUGACGGUGCGGCGGAUGAAGGCAAAGAGAAAGAGCUUGAAAUGAUUGGCGGUACCAACGAGGAUGACUUCGCCGAUGCCAUCACCUUUAUCAAAGAUAAGGAGCUCCUGUUUGGGGAAAACUCGAUUUUAAGCAAAUUUUGCCCCAUAGCAGAGGAAAUAUGCUCCAACACCAGCAGAUUCAAUGACCCUAUUCUCCAAAGGACAGCGGCAUUAUGUCUGGAGAAAUUUAUGUGUGUGUCAUCAAAAUAUUGCGAGAAACGACUGUCUUUGCUUAUCACAAUGAUGGAAAAAUCGAAGGAUCCUAUAAUCCGCUCGAAUGCCGUGCUUGGGCUGGGCGAUAUGGCGGUUUGUUUCAAUAACCUUGUUGACGAAAACACAGACUACUUGUACCGUCGAUUGCGCGAUAAAAACUUGAUGGUUCAGCGCACAUGUCUGAUGACCGUUACGUUUCUGAUCCUUGCUGGGCAAGUAAAAGUUAAAGGGCAACUUGGUGAGAUGGCUAAAUGCCUAGAAAACCCAGAUCCAGGAAUCAGGGAUAUGUGUCGAUUGUUUUUUACAGAGCUGGCGACAAAAGACAAUGCUGUGUAUAACAGCUUCAUUGAUAUUUUCAGCAACUUAUCUGCUGAUGAAGGCCUACACAAAGAUAGUUUCAAGAGAAUCAUGAAGUUUUUAUUGUCAUUCAUCGAAAAGGAGAAGCAUCAGAAGCAGCUUGCUGAAAAGUUACUGGGCAGAUUGUUAAAGUGCGAUUCGCAAAAGCAAUGGAAUGACGUGGCGUUUGUAUUGAACAAUAUACCUUACAAGGAUGAAAGAGCCGCCGAGUCCCUGGAGAAAGGGUUCAAGAUGGCCUCUGCCCGCAAUUAA